AGAUGAUUUGGAACAUCAUCAGUAUCAAAAAUUCAAAAUGGGCAUUAUAAACUCAAGGAGAAAGGCGAAAGAAAAAGAAAAAAGAUGCUUUGAACAAGAUUUAUGUCCAAAAUGUAACAAACGUUGGUCCAGUGGAUAUACAUGGCCCAUCUUGGGUCAAAAGUGCAAAAAAUGUCGUAUCUUCGUGUUGCCACACUAUACGGUGCCGCUGGAAGACUUGAGAGAUGAGGAUGAUGAAUGA